UUGUAAGUUGUAACUACAGAUUGGGAAAUCAAUUUGGGUCGUUCACUUACCAUGUAACCUUACAGCCAUGCAUCUCGCCGCAAAAGUAGAAUGCAUUAGAGAUGAAGCAUAGCCUUUCCUGGUGUUCUAUAGAACCUGUUUUUGUCUGUUUACCGGCUCUGAGUUACCCUUCGAAUUUGCUAUAUUGCUUGCUUCCUGGAGAUAAGUAUUAUCGUCUUUCUUAUUCCGAUCUCCUUGACUUUAGGAGAGUUCCAUGAGAUCGAGGGAGGCACAUGCUUGUGUACCUAAUAGCAGUUUCUAGUAGGUAGCUGCAUUAUAGUCUUUAGGAAAUUAGAAAAAAGAGACACAAAGUCUGUAAUAAACCCUUCAAAAAGGUUGUUUCUGCCUCGCCUCUGUAAGCGUACAUAACAAAAAAAAAUUCCACAGAAAUCACAUAUCUUUUAUUGAAGUACCAAAUAUGCUUGCAUCUGACUUACAUUAAUAUUUUAUUAUGGGUAGAGGGUCUUCAUUGUUGUAAUUCUUGAGACUAAUGUAAGACACUUUUGUCUGCUACAGAUAUCAUAGAUAGUAUGGUGGAGAAUGGAAUGCAUUCUAAUCUUUGGGCUUGAGGAUAAAUUCUCCCCCAAGACAAUUUUGACUUCAUUCUUGCAAGAUCCUAUUGAAGCAUUCAAGAAGGAAAAACGGGAAGCACAUAACUCAUCCGAGUUGCUGAGAAAGGGUAAUGAAAAGCUAUUAGGUAUUCUAAAAUCGAUAGUCCAUUAUUUUGAAGAUCGUGGUAUUGAUCCAACGGACCUUCUUGGUUCAUACCUUGUCAAAGAGAAGAUAGUGAAGUUGGAAGAAGAAAUUGCUGCUGAGCUAGAUAAGACGAUUGCGAAGAAAAACGAGAAGCCGAAGAGAAAACUAGAUGGAAUGGGAUUAUCAAGUACGGUUAGGAGCGAAGAAAUGAAGCGUUAACGGAUUGAAACCAAAGGGUCCCCUUCACCAAAAUCUCAUGUAAAUCAGUUGCAUGUGCAACCGGCUGUUAUUAUGACCGAAGGCAAUGGUAUAACGAGCCGAGUCGAACUCGAGUAUUGCUGAGCUCGACUCAAACUCGAAAAAUUUAAAAUUAAGCUCGACUCCAAAACUCGUGAGCUAAACAUUAUCAAGCUCAGCUCGAACUUGAAAUAUAAUAUUGAAACUUGACUCGAACUCGAAAAGGCUCAAACUCAAAAAAAAUUCAGG